AUGGUUGCUGCGGUAGAAUCAAUCCUCAGACAAACAGAAGCGACCGACGAAGCGAAAAACCUCAUACGUAACCAUGUGUCGUCCCUCUUCAUGGCACAUCGACCACGCGACGCCCUCCCCAAGGUCGAGCAUAAGGCACUUGAAGAACUCAGAGCCAACAGUGACCUCGUUAUCGUGCCGGUGGACAAGGGGCUGUCCAAUGUCAUAUUGGACAGGACAGACUACAUUCACAAAGCUCAAAUUUCGUUAGACGAUCGUCAGUCCUACGUCCCAUGGAAAUCCAACGCAAUAGAAACGCUGACACGCGAGAUAAACGUAACGCUGCUGGCACUGGAGAACUCUGGUGCAAUACCGCCAAUUGACAGACGCAUGGAGAAGGCGCAGGAAACGGCCCUGGCUCGCUUCUAUGGUCUCCCGAAGGUAUACAAAGAGGGCCCACCCCUCCGGCCAAUCGUAUCUUUCAAAAGAACUACAAACUACGGAUUGGCAAAGUGGCUGUUCCGACGGCUCAAAUUCUUGACCGCUGAUUCAGACACAACUGUCAGAUGGCCAACACAAUUCUUGGAGAAACUUAAAGGGCUAAGCCUCAAUCCAAACGAUAUCACGGUUUCCUUUGAUAUCAUGUCCCUUUUUACUUCUAUUCCACAGGAUCUGGCAGUCAAGACAAUCCAACUACCCCUACCGGCUCACCGUUAG